AUGGGUUCAACAGUUUCAGUUGAUUCUUCUGUGUUUGCAAAUAUUGAGGCAAUGUUGAGGGAUUUAAGGGCGCAUUUGGGCAGAGAAUCGGAGGAAACACCCAAUUCUUAUUUCCAGCACAAUAUCAAAGGAUGGAUCUAUGAGGAGCGUAUUUCUGAUGAGCAAUCAUCGUUACGGGUUUCGGCUCUUGAUUUCACCAAAGAUUUUACAUCCUUUAGCGCGAACCAUUCCUAUGUGCUGAUUCAUACCUUUCGGAAUCAAUCACGAAAUGAUAAUGUACAAAAAUCAGAAAACAGACGCAUAAAACUGUCGAGUCAUUCCUUACUUCAACUUGUUGCCUCUGCCUCCAAUAUUUCUCUAGAGGGUCUUGAAGCCAAGUUAUCAACAGGAGAUUUACAAGAGUAUUUCUUUUCGAAAUCCUCCAACUUUGGAUUCAGAAAAAGUAUUCCUAGAGAUGAAGAAACUUAUGGAUUUUCUGUGUAUGUUUGGCAUGGAAAAGCAGUUAAAAGUUAUGUAAAAUUUAAAGCAAUUUCCGACGGGUAUGAUUUAGAGAGGGAAUUACUGAGACAUGAAAGGAGGAUUGAAAGGAUCUUUCAUUCAGGAAAUCCAGUUUCCAUUUGUGAUUUCUACCACAAUGAUUUACCAACCAAACAGAGCGGGCUGAAACUUUCUAAUGCAAGUGUUUCCUCUCUGGCGAUUUGUUUGACAUUGUUUCAGCAUUGUCAUUUGUUCCGAAACCUAUUCCAUUCGGAGUUGUUCUCCAUUCAAGAUGAUACCAAACUGAAGCAAGAAUAUACUUUCAGUUCUUUGUUGCAACUUCCUCCCUCGGACACAAACCUUAAAGGAAAGCCAUCUGAUGAUAUGGAUGCAGAGUAUGUAUGCUCACCAGCCAAUUCGCCCAGAGGAGAAGAUUCCUAA